AUGUCUAAGAGGAUGAUUGUGGAUGCCUUGGCUAAUAUGGCCAAUGCCAUUGCACAGGAUGCAGACAACCGGACUGCGGAAAGAGUAGCACAAGAGAACCGAACAGGUAAUGAAGAUGAGUUAAGGCUCGAGAGAUUCUUGAAGAAUCAACCACCUACUUUUGCUGGAGGAUACGAUCCAGAGGGAUCUCAGAAGUGGUUAGAGGAUGUUGAGAGGAUCUUUAAGGUCAUGAGAUGCACUGAGGAACAAAAGGUUAUUUUGGGUACUUAUAUGCUAAGAGAAGAAGCCGACCAUUGGUGGGAUAACGCAAGUCAGAGACUUGGAGUUGGAGGUGUUGUGGUUACUUGGGCAAUGUUCAAGAGGGAAUUUUUGAUCAAGUAUUUUCCAGCUGAUGUGAAGAAUAGAAAAGUGAUUGAGUUUAUGGAGUUGAAAUAA